AUGUCGUCGCACGAAGAUACCAAACACUCAAAUUCAGAUGGAACAUCGCGAAAACGAAUUAAAGUUGCCAAUCCAAUUGUUGAAUUGGAUGGAGAUGAAAUGACUCGAAUUAUCUGGGCAUGGAUCAAAGAAAUGCUUAUUUUUCCUUAUGUUGAUGUUGAGUGCAAAUAUUUCGAUUUGGGCCUCGAAAAUCGAGACGCUACGAAUGAUCAAGUGACUAUUGAUGCAGCGCAUGCCAUUCAAAAAUAUAACGUCGGUAUAAAGUGUGCCACGAUAACACCUGAUGAACAACGUGUAGAAGAAUUUUCUCUUAAAAAAAUGUGGCUUUCUCCGAAUGGAACUAUUCGUAAUAUUCUUGGUGGCACUGUAUUUCGGGAACCGAUUAUAUGCAAAUCUAUUCCAUUGUUGGUUCCCGGCUGGAAAGAACCGAUUGUCAUUGGUCGCCACGCUUUUGGUGAUCAAUAUCGGUGUCAAGACAUGGUGAUUAAAAGUCCAGGACGUGUAACACUCAAAUAUGAACCGGCGGAUGGUUCUGCAGCUACAGAAGUCGAGGUGUUCAACUUUACAAAUACUGGUGGUGUUUCAUUAGCUAUGUAUAAUACUGAUGAAUCGAUCACUGGAUUUGCUCAUUCAUGUUUUCAAUAUGCGCUGAAAAAGAAUUAUCCGUUGUAUCUAUCAACGAAAAACACCAUUCUUAAGCGAUACGAUGGACGUUUCAAGGAUAUAUUCGAAGAGAUAUAUCAAAAGCAAUAUAGAAAAGAAUUUGAAGAGAAAAAGAUCUGGUAUGAGCAUCGAUUAAUUGAUGAUAUGGUUGCUCAAGCGCUCAAAAGUAGCGGUGGCUUUGUCUGGGCAUGUAAAAAUUACGACGGUGAUGUUCAGUCUGAUAUUGUUGCACAAGGUUAUGGUAGCCUUGGUCUUAUGUCGUCGGUACUUGUUUGUCCCGAUGGGAAAACAAUCGAAGCUGAAGCUGCACAUGGCACUGUAACCCGUCAUUAUCGAGAACAUCAAAAAGGAAAAGCAACAAGUACAAAUUCGAUUGCGAGUAUAUUUGCAUGGACACGUGGUCUCGAACAUCGUGGUAAACUUGAUGGUAACGAAGAACUUCAACGUUGGUGCCGAUUACUUGAAGAAUCGUGUAUUGAAACAGUUGAUUCUCAAAAAAUAACGAAGGAUCUUGCAAUUUGCAUACACGGACUUAAAGAUGUGAAAGAAGGCAUGUAUUUAAAUACCAAAGAUUUCAUUACUGAAGUGAAGAAAACUCUCGACAAGAAAUUCAAUCAAGCAACAUAA